GAAGAGGUAUUGCAACUAUAUAUAUCCCACCAUCUUCACCACCUGAAGUUCAUCAAUCAAAUUCUCUUUUUAGACAUAUCUUUUUACAGAAAUGAAGCCACUCAGUCUUCUUUGCAUUUUCAUUAUUCUUUCCUUUCUCCUUCAGGGUUUUUCUGAGGCUAUCGCUACCGUGGAUGAAGGGACCAAUACAGUAGCACUCACCAAAAAGUAUCACUAUCAGCCAAAAAUCAAUUGUAAAAGUGAAUGUUCAAGGAGAUGCAGCAAAGUGUUCAGAAAGAAGAUAUGUAUGCGUGCUUGUGGGACUUGCUGCAGUCGGUGUCACUGCGUCCCGCCGGGCACUUACGGCAACCAUCAAGCUUGCCCUUGCUAUGCUCGCCUCAGGACCCAUGGCAAUAAGCCCAAGUGCCCCUAAUUUCCACUCUACUCUUCCAACCCUACUUCUACACUAUUUUCUUUUAUAUAUUGGAGGUCGUUUAAUUCUUUGUACUUUCCAUUUAUGUUUAUAUACUAUUAAUGUGUACAAAAAUGCCAAAGUGAGCAUUGCACAUUUGGCAUAUAAAUGUGUUAUUGAUCAAGAUGUUUCAACCUUCCAGUUAAGAUACUCAUUAGGCUUAAUUGGGUUUUCGGUUUGAGUAUCUUGAUUUCCUUCUUAAAAUUCAUUAUGUUAUGGAAUUCUUCUAGAAGGAUUCCUUUUGUUAGUGAUGAUAAUUUAUUGUGGGUGAGUGUAUUUUGCAAGAGUUUUCCUCCCAGGCCAACUAUAUGGGAUUGGUGUUAUUUACCUAUCAAUAUAUUGAAGCCAAGGGUUUCUCUUGCAUUUUCUCUCUUUUUGAUUAUGUUGAGUUUCCCACCUCUGUUGUACUAUAUCUAAGUGGCUUGUGUUGCUUACAAUUGGAAUAAAAAUCAGUGUUGUAUUUUUUU